AUGUACAAGAAACGACAAAGAAUCUACAAGAAUCUCACACUAGAUCCAGAAGAUGGACAUCAUGAUCUAGCAGAUGACGAUGCCAUUGGACAAAAAGAGCAACACACCAAUGAUGAUGGGAGUGUAGACAAUACUAGCACUCGUGAACACAGCGAGAUUGCAGGCGAACAUGCUGAAGUCAUAGGUGAACGUAAUGAUGUUGCAGUUGAAAGCAGUAAGGCUUCAGAUAAGAGUAAUCCUGUCAAUACGCCAGCAUCGACACCUACCCCAACGACUGGGAACAAGCAAGACGAACCAGCUUAUCGUCCUCGCUCAAAAAACGCCCGCAUGAGAACUGACAAACCUGUGGAAAUUGGAUAUCGAAGUGCGAUCAUUGAUUCACGCAGACAAGAAGAUGGCAUCAAGAGAGCGAAAUACGAUCCAGAUACGGAGAAGCUUAUACCCAAAGGAUCCGAGUGGCAAUUGAUGCAAGAUUCUGUUCGAAUGCAAAUGAGACAAAUCCUUAGUGAUGAUUACAGAAAAACAUUAUCAAAUAUUGCUGGAUCCACGACAUUUGGUGACUUGAGCAGGCAGACACAACACAAAGGCCAAAAGCUCCUUCUUCCCAUUGCCUCUAAAAUCGACAAAGAACUACGACUCACAUUGAUCCCGGGCAAAAUCGACACCAAGUUGCUGGAUUCUGAGAUACCUGCAUCCUAUAGAAAGCUCAAUCAACAAGUAGAGGAUAGUCUCAGAAAGAUUGCAGACUUUUCGACCAAGGUGGAUGAUCGAGAGGCUGGAUUGAUACCAUUGAAAGCAGAACUGACAGAAUUAGAGGAGAGAUAUAGAGUCGCAAAAGAGAGACAUGAUGCACGAAUGAAAAACGACGAUAACCCAAGAGACUAUGUACAGAUGCUUCUCCUGCGCCCUUCAUCUGAGCAAUACUGA